AUGGCCCAUCAUCAAGCCAGCCCCUUUGAUGACCCAUCAAAUCCAUUUCAAGAUCCUACAAUUACCUCGGCAUUAACCUCCAAUAACCAAGAUUCCGCGUUCGCGCUUGAACAAGAUCCCCUGCACGACCGCCGAAACGACGACGAUGAGUUUACCACCUUUCGGCAGUACCCCGACAACAAUCAAGAUCCUUUCUCUAGCGUGCACGAUCAAAAGACCCUUGUUGACAGCCAAGAGCAGCAAGUUAUUGGUGGAAGCAGCAGUAGCAACAGCAAACGCGGGGACGGUUCGAAUGGCGACUUGAAUGCCAGGGAGGAAGCGUUACGGCAAAAGGAACGCGAGUUGGCCGAACGUGAAGCUAACCUUCAGGAACGCCGCCGGCCCCAUGCCAACAACUUCCCCCCUUGCUUCCCCAUAAUGUAUCUCGAUAUAACAACCGAGAUACCACUAAACCACCAAUCUACCGUCUGGUGGCUCUACCGUGAAUGGCUUUGGUUCGAACUGACACUUGUGUGGAACUUCGUGGCAUGUCUGUGUCUCUUAUUCUCUCAUCCUGAAUCCGUCACCAGUGCACCUACAGAUUUGGGCAUCUCUCUCACCGAAAUGUUCACACACACUCUUGCCAGCUUUUUCCUGUGGUACAGGCCGGUAUAUAAUGCAUAUAUGAAGGAAGUGUCUCUGUAUUACACAAUGUACUUCAUCUUUAACGGCUUUCAUAUUCUUUACACGAUUUAUAAGGCAGUGGGGAUUCCAAACACUGGCGGUGCAGGAUUGAUCCUGGUUGUAGCUCUCUUUACGGAUGGCUACAUUGUUACAGGGGUGAUAGCAUUAUUAGCAGCCAUCUGCUGGAUCGGUAUGGGCUGUUUAGCAAUCUAUCUAUACAAAAAAACUUAUGACCAUUACAAGGCUGCCGGUCACACCUUCAAGGAAGCUAAGGACGAUGCAUACGGACGGAUUGGUCGAUCAAGCAAUGCACGCGAUGCAGCUAUUAGUAUGGCAUGGAAUAGCCAUAGGUAG